UGGUAUGUAUGGUAAUUGGAAGGGGUGAGAAAAGGUGGAUUGGCAGUGGCAGCAUGCUCCAUAAUUCUCUUCCUCUUCCUCUUUAAGAUCUAACUCUGGGCUUUUUGGUUAUUUGGUUGUGGGCUUUGAAGGCCCUCUAUUGUUCUUCCCUGCAUCUGCAUUUGUGAAGCAUCUGCUAUGGGUGAGAAAGAGUCGGAGAAAGUAAUUUGGGAACCGAUGAGAACCCCUUCUGCCACUCUCAUUGCACCAACAGCACACCACCGAAACAUACCAAAGCUUUUAGUCAUUCUCGUCGUCUUUGUCUCCGUCACCUACGUCGUCUACACGCUCAAGCUCAUCUCAACCUCACACGCAUGCCACCACUUUUUAUUCCCCACCGCCACCUUCUCCAAAACCGUUCCCACCGUCAAUGCCACCUCUACCGUCACCGUCCCAGCCGUACCCUCCCUUCUCCGACGGGAGUCCCGCGAAACCAUCUCCGACGACCGGACGGACCUCCGCCACGUGGUGUUCGGAAUCGCCGCGUCGGCGAAGCUCUGGGAGCAGAGGAAGAACUACAUCAAGCUCUGGUACCGUCCGCGGGAGAUGCGCGGCGUGGUGUGGCUCGACGAGAAGGUGAAAUUGGGGAAGGAUAGCGAUGCGCUGCCGCCGGUUAGAAUCUCCGGCGACACCGAGAGGUUCCAUUACACCAACAAGCAGGGGCACCGGUCCGCCAUCAGGAUCUCGCGGAUCGUGGCGGAGACGCUGCGGCUGGGGUUAAAGGAUGUGCGGUGGUUCGUGAUGGGCGACGACGACACCGUUUUCGUGACCGAAAACCUAAUUCGCGUUCUGAGGAAAUACGAUCACAAUCAGUUCUACUACAUUGGGAGUUUGUCGGAGAGUCACUUGCAGAACAUUUACUUCUCUUACAACAUGGCUUACGGUGGAGGAGGUUUUGCAAUUAGUUACCCUCUCGCUAAGGCUCUGUACAAAAUGCAGGACCGCUGCAUUCAGCGUUACCCGGGUCUCUAUGGUUCCGACGAUAGAAUGCAAGCGUGUAUGGCCGAACUCGGUGUUCCACUCACAAAGGAAACCGGUUUUCACCAGUACGAUGUGUAUGGAAACCUGUUUGGGCUUCUGGCAUCUCAUCCGGUGACUCCAUUGGUGUCACUGCACCACCUUGAUGUGGUUGAGCCAAUCUUCCCCAACGUGACCCGAUUGCAAGCCCUUCAACGGUUGACUAUACCAAUGAAGCUUGACUCGGCAGGGCUGAUGCAGCAAUCCAUCUGCUACGACAAAUUAAAAAGCUGGACUGUUUCCGUUUCGUGGGGUUUUGCUGUUCAGAUAUUUCGUGGUGUAUUUUCACCACGAGAGAUAGAAAUGCCUUCCAGAACAUUCUUGAAUUGGUAUCGAAGAGCAGAUUACACUGCAUAUGCAUUCAACACCCGUCCAGUUAGCCGAAAUCCAUGCCAGAAGCCUUUUGUAUUUUACUUUUCCAACGCAAAAUACAGUUCUGCAAUGGAACAAAUAGUGAGCGAAUAUGAAAGGCACCGUGUUCCUCACCCGGAAUGCAGGUGGAAGAUGGAUGAUCCUGCUGCUCUUGACAAAGUGGAGGUAUACAAGAAGCCAGAUCCCAAUCUGUGGAAUAGAGCUCCGAGGAGAAACUGUUGCAGAGUGAGGAGGACGAAGGAGAAAGGGAAGAUGGUGAUAGAUGUGGGUAUGUGCAGAGAUGGUGAGGUAAGCGAGACAUAACGAUGAUGUUAAUGUUAGUUAUAAAUUACAUUAGGGAGUUUCUUAAAAACCUUAUUUCUUUAUUUAUUGGGUAGCUCACUCUCAUUUGAGAAUUUUUUGUAAUUUUUCCCCGGAUUCACUGAAAAGGGGUGAGAUAUUGGGGAAAGAUCAAUCACAAUGUACAAAGAGAUUUGUCCUUUAAACAAAAAAAUGUAGAGGGGGUCUCACAAGGAGAGCUGUAAUAAAACCUGUAAUUUACUUCCUAUUCAACAAAAUCAUUACAUGCGUGCUUA